UAAAAUCUCUCAGUUUUGCCUGGUCACCUCAACAGGGAAGUAGGCAGCAGUUACAAAAACACAUCUCCAGGCUUGGCUUUCGUCGCGACGAUUUUGCAGGAAGCCUGCGUCGCUGUCAGGAUUUAACAGCCAGGUUAUCAUCUUCUUAACAAACCUCUCACCAAGGUCUCCACAAAGUCAGAACAGGUCAACAAGAACUGUCUACAGACUCAAGAAAAAAGAGGACAACAACAGAUGAGAAAAUGAGCCUUCCCCUCUCCCGUUCAGAGGUGUUUGGGGAGCUGCGCCAAGAGCUCUAUGACGAUGAAGAGUUCCAUCAGUCUGAUGUACACAUCUUCAUCAUCAUGGGGGCGUCUGGGGAUCUGGCAAAGAAGAAGAUCUACCCAACUUUGUGGUGGUUGUUUAAAGACGGCCUCCUCCCUGAGCAGACAUAUUUUGUUGGCUUUGCUCGCUCCGAACUCACAGUUGAUUCCAUCCGGACUGCCUGCAUGCAGUACAUGAAGGUGGCAGAGACAGAAACAGAGCGGCUGUCAGCCUUCUUUGCCAGAAACACUUAUAUCAGCGGGAAAUAUGCAGAUGAGGCCUCCUUCUCCAAGCUUAAUGCACACAUGCAGUCUCUGCCGGGGGGAACCGAGGCAAACCGCCUCUUUUACCUGGCCCUGCCGCCGACAGUCUACCACGAUGUCACCAAGAACAUCAAGCAUCACUGCAUGAGCACAAAGGGCUGGAACAGAGUGAUUGUUGAGAAGCCAUUUGGACGUGAUCUGCAGAGCUCUGAGGAGCUGUCCACACACCUCUCUUCCCUUUUCACAGAGGACCAGAUCUAUCGUAUUGAUCACUAUCUGGGCAAAGAAAUGGUGCAGAACCUCAUGGUGCUCAGGUUUGGGAACCGAAUCUUUGGGCCCAUCUGGAACAGAGACAGCGUUGCCUGUGUCGUGCUCACCUUUAAAGAACCCUUUGGCACACAAGGACGAGGAGGUUACUUUGAUGAUUUUGGCAUCAUUAGAGAUGUCAUGCAGAACCACCUGCUCCAGAUGCUGUGCUUGGUUGCCAUGGAGAAACCAGCUUCCACCAGCUCUGAUGAUGUCAGGGAUGAAAAGGUGAAGGUGCUGAAGUGUAUUUCUCCAGUGCCCAUGUCAGAUGUGGUGCUUGGUCAGUAUGUGGGGAACCCUGAUGGUGAAGGAGAUGCUAAACUAAGUUAUCUCGAUGAUCCCACUGUACCAAAAGGAUCCACUCAGGCCACCUUUGCCACGGCUGUGCUCUAUGUACAGAACGAACGCUGGGAUGGCGUUCCUUUCGUCCUGCGCUGUGGUAAAGCUCUGAAUGAGAGGAAAGCCGAGGUGCGGCUGCAGUUCACGGACGUCCCAGGAGAUAUCUUUGAAACCAAGUGUCAGAGGAAUGAGCUGGUGGUGCGGGUGCAACCAAACGAGGCCAUCUACGCCAAGAUGAUGAGCAAGAAACCUGGUGUUUACUUUAGCCCUGAAGAAACCGAGCUGGACCUUACUUACAAAAGCAGAUACAAGGAUGUGAAACUCCCAGAUGCUUAUGAACGACUCAUCCUGGAUGUGUUCUGUGGGAGUCAAAUGCACUUUGUACGCAGUGAUGAACUGAGAGAAGCAUGGAGGAUCUUCACCCCUCUUCUUCAUCAGAUAGAUAAAGAAAAGCCAAAGCCUAUACCAUAUAAAUAUGGAAGUCGGGGCCCUUCAGAAGCAGAUGACCUAGUUCAGAAAGUUGGAUUUCGCUAUGAAGGCACUUACAAAUGGGUCAACCCUCACAAACUUUGAAUAGUAAUGAGAUGUGGGCUUAGGGGGGAGUAGAGGUAAAGUAGUAGGAGGGGUGCAGCAGAAAAAAGCCAGCGAUCAGACAUCUGAGGAAUACGAGCGAGAAACAAAUUCGAAACCAUUUCUCAGGUAUUAUUAUCCUUCUUUGGAACAUUAACAAUUAUUUGGAUGAGGAUUACGAGUUAAUGCCACAGCUGUGGUUGAUGCUUUUUUAUACACACUGCAAAAUCUAAAGUAUUACUUUAUGGAGAACAAAGAAAUGAAAGCUGAAUACGUUGCAUUCCUGUUUGUGAGGAUUUUUGACUGAAUAGUAAAAGAGAGAAACGCACAGCAGGAUGAUGAGCGGGUUUAAAAACGGGAUCAUAACAGGAGACAGAACAACAUGUACACCAGCUGUCAGUCCUUCACUCUUUAUAAUACUUUAUAUAAAAGUCUUAUUAUGCUUGCACUGCAUUGAUAGAAAGACAUAGGAUUAUUUUUUAGCUUUUUUUGCUUUUGCUGUCUGGGACCAAGGAUAUUGAAGGUGUGGAGGAUCAAUACGAAGUUAGCAGAAGGCUUAACUUUUGUCCCGAAUACAAGCUGGGCUUCCACUAGCCUAAUUCCAAGCUUUAUUCCAAUUUGUGUUUACAUUUUUGUUUUUUAUAAUGUAUUCAUUCCAUAUUUCAACAUAUCCAGGAAGCAGGUAUGCUGGCUUCCAAUCAGCUGAAUGUUAUUCUGAAUGCCGCUGCUUGCUUAAUGUUAAAGUAGCUACACCUCCAUUAAAAUAAACUAGUUUUGCUUCUA